UUAAAGCGGCUCGCCCGGAGCCCGCGGCAGCCGGAGGCAGUGAGGUGGCCGUGGCGCUGGGUGAGUGAGCGGGAGACCACUUCACUGCGGCACCAGCGAUGCUCCGGACCCGGGUGACUGCAUCUCUCUCCCGGAGCCGUCAGUAGUGGCUGCAGAUGCGAUUUGGACCGUCCCCUCUGGGACUAGAUACACACAGGGAGACAGAGUGAGAGAGAGAAAGAGAGAGAGAGAGAGCUCUUUGACAGGGAUUUACAAACUGGAGACAUCGCUUCCAUAUCGUCUAUCUAUAAAUGCAGCGGUUGGCAUAGGGGGCGAGCACAGUUGAUAGCAAUCUGUUUACGGAUUAUCCCCUUCUCCCAGAAUAAUAAUAAAAGGAAUAAACCGCUGCUAGAGAUCGGGAGAGACACGGAUUUGCUCCGGCUUUAUUUUCCGUUUUUCAUUUUUGUUUGGGAAAACGUAUCCGAUCUGGAGUGUGGGGGAGAGGCGAGGCGAGGAUGGGCUCCUCGUUGCCGGGAUGUUGGUGUCACGGGCUGAGGGAAUCGCUGCUGUGUUUUCUGGGCAUCCUGUUGGGAUUUGGCAGCUUGGCGCUCGGCUGCCCCUCAUCCUGCAGAUGCAGCGCCAGUCGGAUCACCUGCACCGAGCCGGGCAUCGUGGCUUUCCCAGCGCUGGCGUCCGCAGCAGAGAUGGAGAGCAUCACCGAAAUCUACAUUGCAAACCAACCAAACCUGUCGGGCAUCAACGAUCAUGACAUGGAACCAUAUGUCGGCCUGAGAAAUCUAACUUUGGUUAAUUGUGGAUUGACAUUUAUUUCACGAGAAGGAUUUCUCAAUAAUCUUCGGCUUCAGUACAUCAACCUUGCCAACAACAGAUUUUCAAGCUUGUCGUGGAAGCCCUUUCGUUAUCUGGAAUUGACUCAUUUGGUCUUAACUGAAAAUCCAUUCCUGUGCUCCUGUGGGAUUGCAUGGAUCCAGAUAUGGCAGCAGAAAAACCUGGCCACCCUAGAUGUUCAAAACCUGACAUGUCGGGAGGAGAAUGACUUGAGGAUAACACUGUCACAGAUGAGGAUCCCAGACUGUGAGAUGCCUAAAGCUUCUGUAAAUGUUACUAACGUAACUGUGAUUGAAGGCGGAGAAGUUGCAGUUAAAUGCAGUGCUGCAGGAAGCCCACCUCCCAUGGUGGACUGGCAAAAACAUUUCCUCUACUCGGCUUUCCAGUCUACAGAAGCUUCCAGACCAUCAGUAAUAUUAAAGCUGAACAACAUUUCUCGUGCUGACAAUGGACAGCAGCUUAUAUGCACAGCCGAGAAUAUAGUGGGAGAAUCAAUGGUUACUGUCAAUCUGACUGUUUUUUUUCCUCCCAAGAUAGUAUUAUUGGGUGAGGCCAUCCCAGAUCACCGCUGGUGUAUUCCUUUCAGUGUAACUGGUAACCCUCCACCCAGAAUUCAAUGGUACCACAACAAUUAUCCCCUGAAUGAAACCGCUUUUAUACUCACUCAGAUUCAUGAGGAAAAUAUCAGUGAGCAACAUGGUUGUCUACAGCUUGAUAAUCCGACCCAUCUGAACAACGGGAACUACACUCUAUACGUGAUCAAUGAUUUGGGACAGGACAAGGGCACAGUAUAUGCUCAUUUCAUGCACCAUCCUCCUGGUUCAGGCAAUGAACCUAUCACAGACCCUGGAUAUUAUGAUGAAUAUGACCAGAUUAUCUUUGGUGUGAACUCAGAUAACUCAACUGCAAUUGGGCCACCUAAUGUCACAGAAAAGACAAUGGAAGAUGGCAUUGCUGUGUAUGUUGUUGUUGGGAUUGCAGCACUGGCAUGCACUGGGCUGAUACUAAUGCUAAUUAUCUUGAAGUUUGGAAAACACUCCAAGUUUGGAAUGAAAGGUCCUUCUUCAGUAAUUAGCACUGAUGAUGAUUCAGCCAGUCCAUUGCAUCACGUAACUAAUGGCAGCAACACUCCAUCCUCUUCAGAAGGUGGGCCUGAUGCAGUUAUCAUUGGAAUGACAAAGAUUCCUGUGAUUGAAAAUCCACAGUAUUUCAGGAAUUCUCACGGCUUACUCAAACCCGAUACUUUUGUUCGAAAUAUCAAAAGGCACAAUAUUGUACUGAAGAGGGAGUUGGGUGAAGGAGCCUUUGGCAAAGUUUUUCUAGCUGAAUGUUAUAACCUUUGCCCAGAAGAAGACAAGACCCUGGUGGCAGUGAAGACCUUGAAAGAAGCCAGUGACAAUGCACGGAAGGACUUUCAUCGUGAAGCAGAACUCUUGACCAACUUGCAGCAUGAGCAUAUUGUGACAUUCUAUGGUGUAUGCGUGGAGGGUGAUCCUCUCAUUAUGGUAUUUGAGUACAUGAAGCAUGGAGACCUCAACAAAUUUCUCAGGUCUCAUGGACCUGAUGCUGUAUUCCUUAGUGAUGGCCAAUGCAACAGAAUGGCAGAGUUGACCCAGUCGCGGAUGCUACAUAUUGCCAUGCAGAUAGCAGCAGGGAUGGUAUACCUUGCAUCGCAGCACUUUGUUCACCGUGACCUGGCUACUAGGAAUUGCCUGGUGGGGGAAAACUUGCUGGUGAAGAUUGGAGAUUUUGGCAUGUCUAGGGAUGUGUACAGCACAGACUACUAUAGGGUUGGUGGCCACACAAUGCUCCCAAUUCGUUGGAUGCCUCCUGAAAGUAUUAUGUACAGGAGAUUCACCACUGAGAGUGAUGUCUGGAGUUUGGGUGUGGUGUUAUGGGAGAUCUUUACCUAUGGAAAACAACCCUGGUAUCAGCUGUCAAAUAAUGAGGUCAUCGAAUGUAUCACACAAGGCCGUGUCCUGCAGCGCCCUCGAACCUGCCCGAAAGAGGUGUAUGACCUGAUGCUUGGUUGCUGGCAGCGUGAACCACACAUGAGGCUCAACAUCAAGGAAAUUCACAGUCUUCUCCAGACUUUGGCAAAGGCCUCUCCCGUAUAUCUGGAUAUCCUUGGUUAAGCCUCACUUUGACAAUUGUAGGCGUGCUUGUGUGUGUGCGAGAUUGUUGCUGCAUUUCGAAGAAACGUGCUCUGAUCCCUGACAGUAUUAAUAGCAAUGAGAAGAAGUUUUAAAGAGCAAAACGUCAAAACUUCUCCCUUUGUAGUCAAGCUAUUGACUUUGAAUUUUAUCAUAUUCUCUCUCAAAUUGAUCUGGCUUUUGCUCAUUUGUAACUCUGCCUAGAUGCAGGCCUUAAUCUAACUGGUUAUUCUGCUGAAGACAGUCAAAAUUCCUCACUGCAAUUAACAAUGACUCCUAAUGAUUUGCCUUUGAUUUGGAUGAAAAAAGGGAAGAACAGAUGACUGUGAAUCAUAAACUUUCAGCUGCAAAACAAAGAAAGGAAAAAAAUGUUCAUUCAACUACACCAAUGCUGCAGUCCAUGAAUAAAUAUUAUCUGAAAUAGAGGAAGUAUCGAGGUUUAUGAGAAACAAUCUUAAUUCGGAGAAGGAAGGCAUAAUAUCAUGUUUCACUGUAUACUGGUAAUGUAAUAGGCUUCAACUUUGCCAAUGGACUUCUUAAACUUGUCCUUGAAACAUGGCAACAUCUAGCCACCCCAUUAUACAGAAACCUUUCCUGGCUUUUUGCUUUUUUGUUCUUUUAUUUGCAUUGGAUGACAUGUCUCACAAAGAAGCAAGUGCAAUACAACAGUUUGCUCUGAACUGGGCGUCUAGAACAAUGUGUGACUAUAAUUAUGUGAAUGUGGUCUCCAGAUAGCUUUAUGAGCUUCAGGCUGGAGCUCACUGUAAUAUUAAUUUCAGGGUCAAAUACUAAAGGUGAUUGACUUUAAUAACACAGCACUUGUAGUUGUCUAGGCAAAACAUCAGAAAAUAUACUUAUCCUAAAACAUCUUCCCCCCUUGGUAUGUGAGCGAAAUAUAAUUGUGCAUGAUGCUAAUAUCAUACUGUAUGUACAAAUGAUCGCUCAUAUCUUGUACACAUUUUAGAUGUAGGAUGUUAUCCAUAAUGGUGUUACAUAUAUUUAAUUAGAAACCCUAUUGGAGGUCAUUAGCUGCUGGACAUGGCCUUAUGCUUUUGCAGUAUGAUGGGAUGUUAGAAAUUCAGAGAAAUUGAGAAACUUAUAAAGAUCAUAUAAUCUGAAAGGAAACAGUGAAAUUAAGACCCUAAGGUAGACAGAAGAGAAACUAUAAUUAACAAAUGAUAGCCAUCACAUAAAACUUAAUACUAGAUUCAUUGUCUUGUUGCUAUGGCAUCUCCAUUCUCAGCAUCCUUUGCUUGCUUCAUUUUCUUUUGCUCUGACAAUAUUCUGACAGAAAUGCACUGUAAUCUUGGGUGCAUUACAGUCAAGAUGCAUGGUUGAUAGCUCAUGCCUAGCUUGUUGACACAUAAAUCUCACUUAUCAGAUGAUGUUGGGGAACCGUGGGGUAGAUUUCAUAUCUGUUUGACAAGUUCAUGCUAAAAUAAGCACCUGAUCUGUCAAAACCUAACGUUUUCUCCUUUUUAAAACAUACUCCCUCUGUGAGGGAUCAUGGUUGUAACUUGUAACUGCAUUUGGCAACAAAGCACGGAUUGCUCUUAGGAUUUAUCUGUUCUCCCAUUUUCUCAAAAUAACUAAAGGAGAUCAAUACAGAACACCAUUAAUGCUUUUUUAAAAAAAAUUAUGGCCAAAUAUUUAAUAAUUUAAUGCUUUUUGCUUCAUUUUGUAUAUUUUAUUUUUCUAAAUAAGUUACUAAUUGCACCUUCAUUUUUUUAGCUAUUUGCUUCAUUACAUGUAAUCACCAAAGAAUUCUGUUGUAUAUUUUCUUUUGUGCCUAUUAUUCAUCUGAUAUUUGACAAGUUCAUUAAAUUGAAUUCUUAUCUACCAGAGUUAUAGUACUUCAGAGAGAUAUAAAAAUGAUUUAAACACUGCUUGGAUGUGAAGGGUAGCCUAAUGUUCCAGAUGUUAGCGAGAUGAUCCAAUGCAUGGUCUGAGAUCUGUGUAUUUUCAUUAGCAAAGGCAUCAGGGAAAUGGAACAAAAGAGGACAAAGGGAAUUGAGGGAGAGAUAGGCCAUUGGAUGAUGGAACAGCUUGAGGGAUUAAAUGGACUAUUCUUGUUUCUAUGUUCCAAUAUUCUUUCAUUUCUAUGAUCUGGAGGAUGUGCCUUUCAUCUGCUUUUAGAUUUACUGACAAUUAUACUAUUUUGCAAUCUUAGUACAGAUGUACCAAGACCAAAAACUCAGUGAGUUUUGUUGUAAAUUUCAGCUUACUGUAUUAUAAUCUUGAAUACAGCAAGGAGGACGCUUUUUGAGAAGGUCAGAACUUCUGGCCAUUUGAAGUGUUGAUGCCAAUCAAGAAUAUAUUAGCUGUUAAGCUGAUAAAAUUCCAACUUUUUCUUACACAAUGCUGAACGCUACUUUUACUUGUUCUUUUUUAAGUAGUAAUUCAUGUGAACAUAAAUGACAGAUGAAGAAAAGUCCUUAAUACUGAACAUUUACUGUUGAAAUCUCAAAAUACUUUGUGGGCAUAAACAAUGACAUAUGUUUGUUAUAAGUGGUUUAAAUUAAAUUAGUAAAUAAGAUAAAUUCAAUGAAUCAUUUCUGUGAAUUCCGUAGAUAUUGAAGUGUGACAUCCAUGAUGCAGCACUGCUUUAGGUUCAUUACUGACAGAUGCCAUGCUUUACAUUAAAUGAUUUAAACAUUUUAGAAAGGUUAAUGUAUUGGGAAGCAAGAGUAGGACCAAGGCAAUGAGAGAAUGUGUUUUUCUUUGAAUGACUACUGCUUCUACCAGAGAGCAUGAAAAAACUUAAGCAAUGAUUACAAUCUUGUCCUGUGAUCUUACUCUUUGCUUUGUAUAUUCGAUUAGAUUUGGGGUGGGGAAAGAAAGCAAGAGACAGGCACGUGAAAGAACAUGGUGAAUAAAUAAAAGAGAACUCACUUACAUUAAAGUGACAAUAUCAGGCAUGGCUUCCAAUCAAGGCCAAACACAGGCCCAAUGUGAAUCAGCGUUGUUUUUUUCUGACAUGGUUUUGAAGGUCAGUGGAUAUUGCAGCUUGAUUUUGUGACUUUAAAUCAUUUCUUGGAGGUGGAGACCAAUCCACCCUUCAUUUGAAAUUACUUGUCGCUUCAACAGCAUUGAGAAAGUAGAGAGUUUUGUGCCCAUCUAGUUUACAAAGACAAUAUGUACCUAUCUCCUGGAACUGAAACUGUGACCUGGUGUUUUUUUUAAAUUCAGCUCGAUGUUCAAUAUUUUGUUUUCCUCCUUUAAGUUUGUUCCAGUUAUCUUUUUCAAUUUCUCCUAAAAAAGAAAAAUCUCUGAUGACAUUCUUGUAGUCUGUGUCUUUCCCAAAAACUGCACAGAUGCUGGGGUUCAGAAACUCUGGGGUAGGAAUAAGAGGGUGGGAGUGGGUAGCAGACAGUCCAUUUCCAUGGUACAGAAGCUGGGCAGUGCCUAACCAGUGGAAUAGCUCAGAGGCCCGGCCAGUUCUUACACUCAGCCUCAUCUUCGUUAUUGUUGGUAAGGACUGGAAAUCCAGCAGAUUCAGCAUAAUGCCAGCUAGUGCAUUAUGUUAACGGGCAAGGCGAUUCCAAUGGAAUUCCACAGCAACAUGUGGAAUCCUGUGGAGCUGGGAAGAUCACUAAUUCCACAGAAAUCACUAUACAAGUUGAACGUCUGGUUUUAAACAGCCUGUUACACAAACAGACCCAUGGCAUCUAUUGCUGGAGCCUUAGCUUUUAUUUUCUGUUGCAGUCUGUUGUACACUUUUAUUUCUUGAAUGGUCUGUGUAGCACUUGGCUGAUUUUUAGAUGAUGCCUAAGUACCUGUGUUAUAUAUUUGUAUGUUGAAAUGUGACCAGUUUCUCAAAUUGAAAUGGAAAGUUACU